AUGCAUGACAUUGGUCACUAUGACAACAUCAUGGUAUAUAUGGGCAUGGGACAUUCGAGAGUUGACAAGAAGGCGAAGAACAUGCAGCUUUUCAGAGUUCCUAUUUCCUUACCUUUACUGGUUUUGUCAUGCUGGGCAGUACUUGAUGGCGUCUAUGGAUGUACGGUUCCGGAUGAUUGCCAUCAUUCAGGAAAAUGCAUAACGGCUACAAAAACAUGUAACUGUAUCGGUACUGGAUAUACAGGGGAAACCUGUGACGAUGAGACAAAUGAAUGUAAAACCUCCCAUGCUCCCUGUGAUGAACACGCUGACUGUACAAAUACACCUGGAUCCUACAACUGUACAUGCAAGCCUGGCUAUGCUGGAGAUGGAAACACUUGCACAGAGGGAGUGUGUUCUAAGGAUGGGAAAGAAUGCCUCAAUGGAGGAAAAUGCGAAACAAGCAAGACUCCCACCACGUGUACUUGUGCAAGCGGUUACAAAGGAGCCAAUCUGUCAAAAUGCUGGAGGUACGGCGACAAUUUCAGCAUACCUGCUCUCUCUGACUGUUGUCACGUUUUUCGUCAUCCAGUAAACGACCAUUCCACGCUGACCGACACACCCAGUUUGAAACUGCGUUCUGCCAUGUUUACAGCAAAUCAAAGUAAGAAGACUAAAUUCUCCCCUGGUUACCUUUAG